AUGAACAAGGAUCCGGGCAUCAUGUGUUUUCGUCAUUGCUCGACGAAGAGCGUGUUUUGCAAGCAAAUUCCGACGACGUGCCCGGCGUGUUCGUCACAGAUGCAAAAUUUUAUCACAGAUCCAUUUCGUAUUCCGUAUCCGUUGGUAAAUGCCGCUCACAGUCCAACUAGCAUCGUCAUUCGACCGUCAUGCGGCAGUUUUCUCGACGAUUACGACGCAACGCACGAUCUGCACGUCGGAAUAGUUGAUUCCAACGGAAGCGUCGUUGAAUUCGAUAAAACUGGACUGAUAGUGAAUGACGUUGCCAGGUGGAUUGAUUGUGUCGCCUUCAAAGUCGUACCGAUCGCCUGGACAAUUCGAUGGGACGAAACGUUGUGUCUCAUGUCGAGAGACGUCAAGUGGAAGUCCAUUAACUAUGAUGAGAUUCAUAUGAAUUGUUUCAACUUCGUUUUGGAAUUUUUCAAUAAUCUGAGAUACGCGGAUUUAAGAUUUACGAAUAAGGAGGAUUUGUGCGAGCGAUUAAUACUGUCAAAAAUUCAGACCGCAAUCAGAUACAGUUCACUGUAUAGAGUUUUGAAGAAUCAAGAGUACUUGAUAUCGGAUUAUAUUGCACUGCCUACCAAUAAUAUUGUGUAA